CUGUGUGAUCUUGACCUUCAUUACGAAAUUGUUUCUUCACCGAAAAAAUUCGGCUGCCGAUUUUGCGGGAUAUAUACAGAAGAGAAAUUUUCGUGAAUAUGAAAUGUGCGAGAAAGCUUCUCAACAGUUUUCUGUUAAUUAAAUAAUUUUCAUUAAUUUUGCUAUUUCAUGUGGAAAGAAAUUGCUUGGACUAAAAUUUUGGAAAGACGAUAUGUACAUAUUGAGCUUGAAAAGACAAUGGAAAACAAUACUCUUGAUUCUAUUCAACCUGUCUUGCAUACAAUCCGAUAUGUUCCAUUACUACAAAUUAAAAAAGUUUCUGACAGCAGUGGCUUUUGCACGAGCCCUUUCAAAAAGACCGACUAUUCUACCUAUACCAAUUCCAAUACCUAUUCCUAUGGGAGGGCAGAACGAGGUAGUCAAAAUACCAACACAACCCAGUAAAACUGUGAUAGCCGUAUCUGGUAGUGGUCGCAAGAAAUAUCCUGUAGGAAUCAGCAGCGUCAUAUCUGGUGGAUCGUUUCUUUCGUCGCUUGGGAAAGAUUACUCAGGAUCAUCUUCGUAUGGUUACUCUUUAGGAGGAGUGAGCAACGAAAAUGUGAUCAAUCUGUCCUCCCUGAAUGGUCUUGAUAGCAACAAUGUAAUCCGACUGGCACCAGGGAACAUCGGAAGCGCAGCAAGCAAUAAUAUAAUCCGUUUGUUAUCAGGAGGUGGAAAAAGCCCAAACUUAGGAAAUAACGUUGUUGUAUUAGAUGGACACAACUUUGGCAAUGUAUUAGGAUCUAAUAAUAUUUUUGAUGGCGGAUCGUCUGUUAUACAGCUACCAUCAGGAGAUUUUGGUGCAUCUAACCUUCAAUUCGCAUCAAAUGGACUGAAUUUUGGAGGUAACUUCGGAGAUUUAGAAAGUUCGUUUAGCUAUAAAAUCCCUCGAGGAAUAAAACUUCCCUUGAAUUUAUAUUCAGACAAACCCAGGAGAAAAAUCCCGUUUAGAUUCCGAGGUCGUAGGAUGAGAAGUCCAGACGACAUAAAUUAUUCUCAAGCAUCAUCACAGUCAUAUGAAUUAUUCGAGAAUGGUAAGAAAUAUAUGACACAACACAGACCUCAAAACAACAUGGCUUAUCAACCAAGCAAUGCAUACAGACCUCAAAGUAACAGACAUUAUCAAUCAACUAAUUCACAGACACCUCAGAAUAAAAGACCCUAUUCAAAUAAACCCAAUAUGGACAAUCAAAACAAGCAUGAAAAGAAACCUAUUCGCGUAGGCGACAAAUACGGAUUUCGAUCCCGAUCAUCAGCAUUAACUGUUGACGAAGCAGCUUCAGAAACAUGGUACCAAUAACAAAAUGAGUUUGCUAUCCUUUUCAGCUUAAGCCACGUGUCGGAAACUUUCCUUUUCUGCUUAAGCGAUGUGUUGGAAACAAGGCCUCGUCGAAAUGGAAUGCAAACGAAUGUGACUUCCAACCCAGAGAAACUGUCAGUGUUGAAAUUGUUAAGGAACUAUAAUGAAAUCCAAUGUGCCACAACAUCAAGUAACUUUUGUUUAUUUAUGUAAAAGAACUCAGCUCAUCGGUGAGAAUAAAGCGAGAAUUAUGCAAUGCUACUAGCUAAUAAUAAACAGCGUUGCUGACGCAAGUAUUAAAUUUACAAAUGUGAUAGAAAAAAUGUGUAAAAUGCACAGAAAUGAUUGAUUGAAAAACUGUUUCUGUACAUUAACUUGAAUCAUGCAUGAAUUAGUAAAUUUGUAUUAGUAGUUUAA